AUGGUUGCCAGCGAGUCGUCCAGGUUCCUGGCAAGGUCCCUGCCAAGGGCCUUCGCACCCUCUUCUCGUCUUCAGAGCGUUUGUUGGCGGCGUAAUGCCUCAGAUCAGGCGUCGUCGAAGUCCCCAAUUAGUGACCUUGAGUCAAGCUCUCUAAGUGCCAGCGUACCGGAGGGCAUUGUGAAGUCAUUCGAUCCAGUAGCGAGGUCAAGGGCGCGAAAAACACAGUUGCCUCGGAGUCGACCUCCUCCACCAUCAGAUCCCUCGUCUCGACUCUUUGUUCCUGGCCCCUUUUCACUUCCCAGAGUAUCACAGACAUGGGAGUCGACCAUCGCUCCAGACAUUCUCACCCUCUGCUACGUCCACACUCCUCCCGGGUUCAAGCCCCCACCAAAAGGUUCUCGUCUUCGUGAGUGGGACGACAGCUCUCCUUACCACAAGAACCGGCCGCUACGUGGGCCUCGUGGCGGCGACGUCUUACGACUGCUCCGUAAACCCAUCACUUUCAACAACAUCCCCCAGCUAGAGCGCAUCACCAUCCACAGCUACGUCAAGCAGGCUGCUACGGAGAACUCGUCCUGGCUCCAUGUCGCCGGUAUGGCCGUUCAGGCUAUUUCCAAUGUCCGCGUUCAGACAUUCAAAUCAAAGUCCAGCGUUGCUACGUGGGGUAUUGCGCCUGGCAGAGACACCGUCGCGGUGAAGGCAGAACUGCGCGGUGAGGAUAUGCUCCACUUCUUCGGAAAGUUAGUCGAUGUUGUUCUGCCUAGAAUCAAGGACUGGGAAGGUGUCAAGGGCACCAGCGGUGAUAGCAGCGGAAACAUCACGUUCGGCCUUGAGCCCGAGAACGUGGCUCUCUUCCCUGAAAUCGAGGUCAACUACGACAUGUACCCACCAAAGAUGAUCCCCGGUGCUCACAUCACGAUCCAUACAACUGCCAGAACCGACAAGGACGCCCGUCUUCUCCUCAGCGCCAUGGGUAUUCCCUUCUAUGGAAAGCUUGUUGAUUAG